UCACUCUCUCUCUCUCUCUCUCUCUCUUUCUUCCUCCCAGCGAACAAGCAUCACUUGUUUAAAAAAAAAAGAGCCCAAAAAAAGAAGAAAGGAGGAGAAGUUGCUCGACUGGAAGCCGUCAACACGUCUACGUUGUGACCUCCUUCUUCAUCGUUUCUUCGCGUAGAACCUGAAGAGGCAGCCGGCGAAGACUGGGCGUAGCUGGGCUGGAUCUUGCUAGCUCGCCGCUGCACUGCCUGGUGACCAGACCUGUGUCCUGAUCGGUGCCCAUCCGAUUAGAUUGAAGUGAACUGGACGUACCACUUGUAUACAAGAGGAGAUGAAACCAGAUGGGGUUAUCUCAGCAUCACUGGAGCCAAUGGAAACUUUAGAAUCCAGUCCAGUAAAUGAUGCAGCACUGGGGACGCAGCAGGAGCCCAUCCAGGCAGCCAUUGCAGUGGAGGAAGAAAUGGCAAAGGAGCCUGUAGAUGUGGUGCAAACUCAGCCAGAAAAGGCCAAGGAAUCUCCAGCAGCCAAGACCGGCAACAAGACCUCUGGAGACCCCAAAGCCAAAACCACGAACAAGACCACAUUGAAAACAAAAGCUGGCACUCCCAACAUGACCAAGACCACACCUGGCUCGCGGCCCAACACAACCCAGAGCCGCCUGUCAAAUGGCGUGUCGAAGCUCCAGACCAACGGUGUGACGAGGAAGACAACAUCUGCCCUGGAUAAAAAGAGCACUCCAACUUCCGCAGCUCCAAAAAAAACAACGACGACCGCUGGGGCUCCAGCUUCUAGGAGUACAGUCAAAGUGAGUGAGAGGAAAGUUGCGUCCCCUGCCAACAAUGGCCCAAAGUCAGGAACGGGAACCACGGCGAUGAAGAAGGCGACAUCUACAACAGUUAAUGGUGUCAAAACCAGCACUGCAGCUGCUGCUAAAAAGCCCCCAGCCCCCAAACCUGCUUCUGCGGCUCCCACAAAGUCCACCACCGCAGCCAAGACUGAUAAGGCCCCUGUAUCCAAGACAACAAGGCCCACAACCGGCACGGCAGCAUCCCGUCCUUCCACAGGCUCAACACGACCACCACCUAGCAGCACAACCAGGAGCUCUCCAGCUACACCUAAACCUGCCACUCCCAGAGCCUACAACCCUGCAUCCAAAUCAACCUCAUCUACUCCCUCUGCUGUCAAAACCCCAGCAUCACAAACGUCUCGGACCACGACUCCUGCAAAAAAAGAUGUUCUCAAACCUGUCACCCCAGCUGCAAAAAAGCUGGCGAAACCAGAGUCACCUAAACCAACUUCAAAAUCAGAUAUCACAGCCAAAAAGCCAUCUAAAGUUGCAGACACCAAGACAUCUAACCGUCCCAAAACACAAGAGAAUAAGUCUAUACCUUCCAAGGAUGCCUCUAAGACACCUGCCUCCAAAACAGUGGCAACCAAAAAUUCCAGUGCCAAGAAGACUGUGGGCAGCAGCACCCCAACUCCCGUGAAACGUGGUCCCAAAGUGGAAGCUGCUGCUGAAACCGGAAAAGAAAUAGCUGCUGCUGUAGCUGCCGCUGCAGCUAUUGCUACUGCAGCUGCUACCAUUGCUGGGUCAGAUGAACCACAACCACCUGUAGAAGCGGCUGGGUUGGCAUCUCGUGAUACUGCAGAGCAAAUAUCCAGUCAGACCCCAUUGAGCUUUGCAGUACAAGAAACAUCUACUGAGCCCACUCCAGAACCGUCACCAGAAGUACAUGAAUUACUAAUAGAAACAGCAGAACUUAUACAAGAACCUACGCCAGAACUUAUGCAAGAACCAACAUCAGAGUCUCUUCGACAACCAACAUCAGAGCCCAUUCGACAACCAACCCCAGAACCCAUGCGACAACCUACCCCAGAACCCAUGCGACAACCUACCCCAGAACCUGUCGUAGAACCAACACCAGUAACCCGUCAAGAAGAGCAGACACAAAAUAUGAGGGAGCCUACUCCAGACUUCGUUAGAGAACCAUCACCGGAACCCAUGAGGGAACCUACACCAUAUAUUGUUCGAGAACCAACACCAGAACCUGAACGAGAAUCCACUCCAGAACCUUGUCGUGAACCUACACCAGAACUUCAACAACAUCUCGUGCCGGAGUUCAUGCGAGAGCUCACACCAGAACCUGUACAAGAAUUAAGUCCAGAGCCUCUACGGGAAGCUACACCAGAACCGUUAUACGAACCAACUCCCGAAACCCAACACGAUUACACUCCAGAACCUGUACAAGACAAAUUCCCUGAAACCAUGCAUGACUCAAUGCCAGAACCAACACGAGAAUUGACACCACCGCCCAAAGAAGAAGAAUAUCUGGACUAUGCACAUGAAAUGUCUCCUAAAGUCCCUCGUGAACCAUCUUUUGAUCCAUCAGUUGAGCCACAACUGGGAGUUGCAUUAGGUCAAGAAGCCGGCUACAAAUUUCAGCCGCCACAACACCCCAACCUUUUCAAGUUUGAACAGUCUGCCAAUGAAUCAGUUCCCUCCCUGGGAACUACAGUCAUGUCACCUCCGUGCUCUCCACCAGGCACUGUUUCUCCUGUCGGAGAGUCUCAGAGUUCUUCUGCUCUGCUGAACAUGCAUGUCCAACCAGAUCCCUGGAACAGGAACCUUGGUGACGAUGCUCCCCAGGAGCCCCACGGUAUGAUGAAUUUUGCAGCAGAGAAGUAUAAUGAACAGGUCGAGACAUGGGAGACAAGGAGAGAUGAUGAUGAGGAAGAGGAAGCAGAGGAAGAAGAACAAGAGAAUAUGUUCACUACUACUGCUCCUUCCACAGAGACGUUCACUAUGGCAGAGCCUCAAUUGUUGGGCGCCUUACCCAUUGAGGGCUUUACUUCAAGGGACAUGCUCUCACCUCGUGAAAAGGAAGUAGCAGUGGAGAAGGCUGAUGAGGAAAUAAAUGAAGAUGAUGACGAGGAUGAAGAAGAUGAGGAACAGAGGAGAUUGGGCCAUCAGAUGUCCUCAAUGAUUACUGAUAUGAGCACCUCUCAGCCUUCUGAGGAGUUCCAAAUCCGACCCUCAGCUUUUAUUGGAUCUUCUGGAUGGCACUGUGAUGACCAGCUGUCGGGAAUGGACUCUGAGGAUUUGAGCAGCUGCACCAGCAGUCGGCAACAUGGCGUUUCUGACCUCAGCAGCACCCAGCACACUGCAUUAUUAGAAGGCACACAGAGCUCAGAUGCCCUGAUCGACUCAAGCCUCCGAGGCUCGGAAGGUGAUGGUAACCUCAUGGGCUCUCCGAAUGUGGAAACACUGGCAAAUGAGGAAGAUGAGGAUGAAGAGGACGAACGUGAGGAUGAAAUGGACUUAAGUUCAGAGAGAGCAGAGGAGCAUCAUAAGGUAUUCCAGCAACAGGAAGAAGGUGAAGACGAGGAGGAUGAGGAUAUAGAGAUGCACAGUGAAGGAGUAACAGAAAGUUGUGAGAAUGCAGAAGAAGAUGACUUUAAUGAGGACGGACAUUUGGACAACCUCAACCACGCAGAUUCGUGUGUCCCUCCCGCUUCUGCUUGGGGUCAGACAACCCCGUUUUGUGAUACCUGGGCUCAACCAGCCUCACUGCUCUCUGUCCCAUCCCCUAGCCCUCUCUCAGACCAUGGUGCAGCAGAGUCUGAAACACCCACACAGUCUCCUGCCCAGUCUGAUUUGGAUGGCAGUGGCCCUUUCUUGGCUCCUCUUUCAGGGCAAGACUCUCAGCAGGUACAGUCAUUCUAUGAGAUGAAGAGCUCCGACCCUGAGGAGACUCAGAAUAUGCUUGCUGCCCAAGCUGUGGGCAUGUCCCAGUCGAGCCCUCUAAGCGGUACAGCUCCAACCGCCCACAGCGGCAGCGAGACAAGCACACCAGAGGAUCUCCGGGACUACGACAGCAGCUCAGGGGUGGAAUCCCGCUCUGACAAACAGCAGACUCCAGUUCCUGCUGCGGUCCAGCCUGACAUGGAGCAGGAUCUGGGUAUUCACUUAGAGAAAGGUGAUGAAGAGGAAGAGGCUGAGACUCUUCCUGCUGAUGAAGUCCUGGGUACAGGACCCCCAACAGCUCCAGCAUCUGCCCCAUCGUCUCCUACUACCUCUGUAGAUGAGGCCAGUGACACAGAGGGUGAGAUGCAGAUAAAUGACCCCGAUGCACCAGUGAUGAUGGACGAAAGUGCAGGAUUUGAAAGCCCUACUCCGACAUGUAAUUUACCUGCGCUUGAUGAGGAUGAGGAAGCAGGAGUGAUACGAGCUGAAGACGGUGAAGAGGAUGGAGGUGGCGUCACUCCUCAGUCAGCCAAUUCUGUGGCAUCAUACGGCUUUGACUGUACCACAUCCAACUCUAAUGCCCACUCCAUGGCUGAAAGCUGUGGGAAGAGCCCAGGUAUAUUCUCCUUGGAAAAUGAGGAACAGCUGCCCGAGGAGGCCAAGGACCCCUCCCUCAUUAAGGAGCUGACCUUGCCAUCCGCUUCUGCUGCUGCCCAGGUUGAGGACCUGCUGGGACGACCUGUGGACCUGAUGCCGUUGGGUUUUCAGCAAGAUAAGGAGCCCAGUCUAGAUGAGCACCACUACAUGUUUGGGGGAGAGAUUACCUCACACCACCUCGAGGAGGUUGAUGCGUUGGAGGCCAGUCACUUCCUUGGGCCCCAGGAGUCUGCAAACACAGACGACAACCAGCCGCUCUACUACUCUACCAUAAGUGAUAAGACUGAUUUUCUGGAAGGUAACGUAUAAGCCCUUCACAAUUACCCCCUGGAAUGCACCUUUUCCCUGCAACCCUCCCCCUUUACCUAGUGUUUGUCUUCUCUCCAGUUGGGUUAGGAACAAAACAAGGAGAGAAAGAUAUUAGGAACAAUUUUUUUUUUAAAUGACCAAGGAGACGGAAAUGUUGACUGUAGCAAUUUUGAAAUUAAGCCUCCAUGGUUCAUACUGUUAUGGUCACAGGUUUAAGUGUACGGCUCCAAUGUACAAUAGCCAAGACCACAGUCCAGUAGAAUGUUGUUCUAAAGUCACACUGCAUAUUCGGUGAAGGGGUACUGACUGAUUUGUCCAAUGGGACUGAACUUUUAAACUAAAAAAAAAAGAACAAAAACGGAUGGAACAAAGUGGACUCAUCUUGUAUUUAUCCUACUGUUUCUACCAAUCAAAUGUCAAUGAAGGUUUUUUUUUUUUUCCCUUUCAUUCGGUUAUUUGUUGUUUUCUUUUUUGUUUCUGUCAAACCCGGGCCCCCCCUAUUUUGUGUAUAUACACUCCACGUUCAGCAGCACCAUAGUGAUAGUUCCAUGCUUUUUAAAGCAAUGUUGUAGUCGCAAGGUUUUAACAGAUGUGUCACGGUAGGUAUGGGAGUCUUAGAUUGCAGUUGGUCGAGGCAAAAUUUCUAAUGUGUCUUUCAACAGGCUUUCUUGUUUGCAUAGGCCGCUAAGUUGUAUAACAUGCAGUUACAAUACGUGUUUCCGGCUUUUGGUUUUAAGUGGCUAAAAUAUCAACCUCAGUUAGCCCAGCUAACUGAACUAGCCUGUUUUUUGUGAUUUGAGGCCAUGGAUUGUUCUUCAUCUCCAUCGCAGCUUUACACUCAUAGUGGACGUUUGGUUAACUCUUUCAACGAUAUAUUGCAUGUUUAACUAGCAAAAAGACUGUACUAUCUGAUAACUUUGAAGGAAUUCUGCUCUAGACAUGUUCGUAAAUUAAUGGUUCCCGCUAGGUUGUCUUUCCAAAUUCCAUUAAAACAUCAUUGCAAGGCA